GGGUUCCCUUUCAAAUUUCGAUCACUAAACAGAUGUGGUGAAAAAUCAGCUUCAGACAAUAUCUCGAUAGGAUCGGUGUGGUAAUAAAUCGGUUUCAAGUAAUAUCUCGAUUAAAACGUAACCGAUGAGUAAGGAAUUCAACGCCAAGCGGCGGCCCCGAGGAGCCAAGCCUCGUGGUGGUGGAGCACCGGGAAAAUCCUCUCGUUCUGAUCCUCCAAAAAUCAGCUCCAUGAACUCGGUGAAUACCACCAAGAAGACCUCCAUGAAGAGCCCUAACCCGAACUACAGGAAGCCCUCAUCCAAGAACUCCAGCAAGAACUUGAGAAGUGCCAACGGAUCCGAAGGGUCGGGUCAUUCGCAGACUCAAGAUAAGUCGUUUCAGGGCAGAGAUCAAGGUCAGGAGGUGAAAGUAGAGAGCAAGAUUUAUAAUCUUCCCUUGGAUCGCAUCGAACCGCACCGCCAUUCCGGGGUCUUUUUAUCCCGAAACCGCUUCGACGCCAUCCAACUGCUCACCCGGAAUACCAGUUCCAGUUCAGAUGAUUACGGAGAACGGCGGAUCUUUUCGGAUUUUCGCGGAAAACGUUCGGAAUUCCGUGCCUGGUCACCAUUUCAAUCUAAGCUAGCCGCCGGAAUUAUGGGCGGUGCCUGUGACUUGCAUCUGAAAAGUGGCUCGAAGGUGCUCUACUUGGGCGCCGGUUUCGGGCGAUCGGUGUCCCACAUCUCGGAUAUAGUGGGUGAAUCUGGGAUGGUCUAUGCAGUGGAGCAGGGUCCUUGGGCGGGUCGUCAACUGACAAGUCUGGCCAAUAGCCGUUCGAAUAUCGUGCCCGUUAUUGAGGAUGCCACCAUGCCGUAUAAGUACCGUCUUGAGGUUCCCGCCUGCAUUGAAGUCAUCUUCUCCGAUUUACCGCAGGCGGAUCAGAUUCGAUCCCUGAUGCUUAAUGCCAGACAUUUCCUAGUACCUGGUGGUCACUUUGUGGUCUACUUGCAAGCGGCCAGCGGCAAUGAUGGUGCAUCCAACAAGGAGGCCUUUGAAGUCGAUAAGAAGCUUCUCAGGGAGCACCAGUUGGAACCCAUCGAGCUGGUUCUCCUGGAUCCCUUCAAGCCCGGUUACGCCCUCGUUGUGGGCGUGUCCACGCGCAAGGAUGUGCCCUUUUAGAUUGUUUUAAUUAGUUGUUUUCCUGUUACUUUGAGUAUAAAUUUGAGUUCAGUCAAUAAAAAAUCUUGCCCCUGGGCUGGUAAGUAGAUCAAUGCUU